UGAGCCACUCGCCAAAAGAUACCGUUAACAUCCCUGUACCACAGAGUCUACGUUACUACCGCUGCAAAUUGCAAAACCCUCCUCUCUUUCAUGGCUAAAACUUGAAAAAACUCGGGCUUUUUUUCCCCAACUUUCAAUGGCCUCUAUUUCCAUGUGCUUCACCAUCUCACCAACUUCUUGCCAACUCUACCCUAAACCCUCCCCCCUUUUCCUAAACAUUCCUUCAUUUCCUCCCAUCCAAACACCAAUUUUUUCCCCUGGAAUCCCUGUGAAGGUUCGCGAACCUAGGGUUUUGGUAGGGGUCGUGAGAGCGAGUAUCGAUGUACCUUCCACGAUUAGGCCUGGAGGUUCAGUGGAGAGCGAUAGCUUACCCGCUGAUGUGAGGAAGCGGACGAUGGAGGCCGUGGACGCCUUUGGAGGGAGGGUCACCAUUGGUGACGUGGCGAGCAAAGCCGGGCUUAAGUUGAAUGAAGCUCAGAAGGCCUUGCAAGCUCUUGCUGCUGACACCAAUGGCUUCUUGGAGGUUUCGGACGAGGGUGAUGUUCUCUAUGUUUUUCCCAAAGAUUAUCGAGCAAAGCUUGCGGCCAAGUCAUUUAGAUUCAAAGUUGAGCCUGUUAUUGAGAAGACAAAGGCUACGGCUGGGUAUUUAGUGAGGAUUUCCUUUGGUACUGCACUGAUUGCUUCUGUUAUAAUUGUUUAUACCACAAUUAUUGCUGCUCUUUCGUCUGGUAGUAGUAGAAGUGACGAGGACAGUCGUGGAAGACGUGGAGGUAGAGCAUAUGAUUCGGGAUUUAACUUUUACUUCAAUCCAGCAGACUUGUUCUGGUACUGGGAUCCAUAUUACUAUAGGAGACGACAAAGACAAACAGACGAUCAGGAGAUGAACUUCAUUGAAUCUAUAUUUUCAUUCGUGUUUGGGGAUGGCGAUCCAAAUCAAGGAAUCGAAGAAGAGAGAUGGAAGUUGAUUGGGCAAUACAUAACUUCUCAUGGUGGUGUUGUCACAGCUGAAGAACUUGCUCCAUAUCUCGAUGUAGAAACUACAGAAGGGACCACAAAUGAUGAAUCAUACAUCUUACCUGUUCUUUUGCGGUUUGAUGGUCAGCCUGAAAUAGAUGAAGAGGGAACUAUCCUUUAUCGUUUUCCAUCUCUACAGCGUACUGCCUCUCGAAGGAGUGGAAAAAAGGAAUAUGUGGGAAGAAGGUGGACUGAUUGGGUUGGAGGGGUUGAGAAGUUUUUCAAGGAGAGAAAAUGGGAAUUCAGUAAAACUAGCACUUCACAGAAAGCUAUGGUAAUUGGGCUGGGUGGGCUUAACCUACUUGGUGUCAUUAUUCUCGGAAGCAUGUUAAAGGACAUUGCAGUUAAACCUAGUGGGUUAAUUAGAUUUGUUUCUGAUAUAUUUCCUCUCCUUCAGAUCUAUGCUGGUUCUUUCUUUGCAAUUCCUUUGAUCCGGUGGUUCUUCAUCCGCGAUAGUAAUGCUAAAAUAGAAAAGAGAAACCGAGCUCGGCAACAGCGUGCUCAGGCACUUGAAUUGCCUGAUAUUUCACUAAGACGGAAGCUCCUCAGUGCUCAGGACAUGGCUCAGAGAACAGUCAUAGGACAGGAUCGAAUUGUCUACAGCACUGACCGGGACUUAAUUGAACAAGACUAUGAGGCCAAGGAAUGGGAUUUGAGAUUCCGAGAGAGAGAGAAAUCAGAUUGAGUUGAUACCACUGGAUACAAGUCCCGACUCCCUUGGAUGCUCUUAUUAUAAUGGUGCUUUCAUACUUGGACAAUCACUCCACUGUUGCAUUUGUUGUGUGGAGAGCUGAGUUCGUGGUAUUUUUUCUUUGAGAACAUCAUGGUAUAUCUCGGUCUGCUACCUCCCUCCAAGCCAAGCUUUUCACCGAGCAAGCUGGGGAAUACGAGUCAAGGAUGGAUUCUGCAGUCUCCCGAGAUACGGAAGGAAGCAGAUUGGACUGCAAAGCCUUGUGAUACAAUUCAAUUGGACCUUAUCCGCAAAUUGCCAUUUACAGAUGAAGAAUAGGACAUUACUGUAGCUACUUAUAUAUCAGUGUAGAGUUCAAAGUGUCAUAUGCUUCGUAUUUAUUACUUGAUCAUUUCCUAACAUCUGCAGUCUUCUGAGAUCCCUUAGGAAUGUAAUUAUCUCUUUUGUGGUGUAAUCAUUCCCAGUAAAUCGGGGAAAAUACCGGCCAGGGCCGAUUCCAAUUCUCUCGUGUACAUUUUUUCUUUUCUUAAUAGUGGCCACAUUCAAAGCGUCAA